UGCCAACAUUGCAAUUUUGCGAUUGUCGAAAAUAUGGCUGCCGAAAACAGACUCAAGCGUAUCCCUGAUCCAUUGUGUUUUCCACGUGGGUGUUGAAGUUGGAGUUAAAAACAAAACCAAAAAUUCGAUGGGUAAAUACAGGGGUAAACUAAGAUGGAUUACGGAUAAAGAUUUGGGCGCGUUAUGGAAGAAUAACGUAUUAAAAUCGCCCGAGAUUCUGGAGCUUUAUCGACAGGCCAGAGGUUUCGAACCAGAUCCCCGGACCAAAGUGGAAGCGGUGGAAGAGAUUUUGACGGCGAACAAUAUUUCCGAAAUGACCGAAGACAUCUUGGUAUCGGGAAAAACCACCAGUUUUCAGCAGCUCGUCGAUUCCUCGGGAAUCGAUAAGUUAGCUCAGGAAGAAAUUUAUCGAGAGUUUUUGCUCGGUUGUUAUCCGUCGCUCUUCAUGAGUCUGAGGGCUUUUACGAAAUUCAUUAUGCAUUUGGGUUGGUCUAAGGAACAAGCUCCGUUUCUAUUUAGGUCGGCUGAUCUGAAUAACAGAUACGGACUUUCCUUCAGGGAUUUUUUGUACUUUUUGGCAGCAAUCGAUCCCAACACAUCGCACGGAGGCGCCGCAGCCGAGCUACGAUGCAGGUACAUGUUUAAAUUCUAUGACAGAGACGUGGACGGCCUGUUAAAAUAUGACGAGCUUAAAAAUCUCUUAACGGAUCUAAGACAAAGCAAAAAUCAGCCUUUGGACUUGCAAAGUAUCGCCAAGGACAUGCAAGAUACCUACAAAUCGAUGGGAAUCGUGGAUAACCGAACUAUUAACGUCAACGAUUUUCUAAGGGCCGUUUGCGAUUUGAAAAUUAGGGGCACUUCGCAGAUUUUCAGGUCCCCGAUCGGCGUCAUAAAAUAUUUGCGGGAAAUCUCCGAGAAGGCUGCAACGACUGUAACGAAAACGGCGGUGGGAAACUACCGUUUCUCGGAAAGUCCUAGUAGAAUGAUCACAGCGGGAUUGAAAAGUGUCGAUUACGAAAUUGCCGUUCACACCAUUAAAAUUCGAAGAAGCGGCCACGCUAUCAACGUGGACGAAAUAAGGGAGAUUCAAGGCGCCAUUUCAGCAACGACACUCAAGCAACCGCUAAAUGAACAUAGCAAGAGGCAAUCGCUAGAUGUCUUUAGCCAACGCUCGUUGUCCAAUGAACUCUUGAAGGGCGUGAGGUACUUAACUACCAUAAACAAUGUCAAUGAGGCGACAACUGCGUACAGCUGGGGUCAGUUGGACCCUACCCACUUUGCAAGGAAUCUGAUACAGAUCUGUGGCCAAUUGAAAGAAAUUUUUUGGAACGAACCUAGACUUCUAGAAAUCUCCUCACCCGUUUAUAUAAUGGGUGACCUACACGGCAACGUGGCAGACUUGUUAUACUUCGAAAAAGUGCUGUGGCACAUGGGUCCCGGUCUAAGCCCCGGCAACUUGUUGUUCCUGGGGGAUUAUGUUGACCGAGGAUUGUACAGUAUCGAGGUGAUAGCCUAUUUGUUUUCGUACAAAAUCCAGAAUCCCCACAAAGUGAGCCUAUUGCGGGGUAACCACGAGAUCAGAGAGGUGCAGAAGCUAUUUACUUUCUUCAGAGAGUGUUGCCUAAAAUUUGGGGAAAAACUCGGGAACGCUGUAUGGGGUGCCAUAAACGGUGCCUUCGACGCGAUGCCUCUGGCCGCAGUGGUUGACGGCAAAAUAUUUUGUUGCCAUGGUGGGGUGCCACCACCGUGGUUGUGUCCCUUGGUGAGCGCCAUCAAUGACAUACCGGCAAUUUUAAGCGAUCCCGAUACCCAAAGUCCUUUGGCAUGGGAAUUAAUGUGGAACGAUCCAGUCAGGCUCGACGCGGUUACAGAUAAACUUGCUAUGGAGCUCCUGGCAAACGAAGGAUUUGCAAUAAAUAGCAGAAGGGGUACAGCCCAUGUGUUCAGCGUCGAAGCCCUAGAGAGAUUUCUGAAAACUAAUCAACUCACUCACCUGAUCAGAGCGCAUCAAAUGGUUUUAGCUGGGUUUCAGGUGCAACAAAAAGGUAAACUUUUGACUGUAUUUUCGUCUUCCAAAUAUGCCGGAGGUCAAAAUGAUGCCGCUUGCAUCAUGGCCGACCAGGGAAAAUUGAGAAUACUGAGGCUGGAGACAGAAUAAUUUCGAUUGCGU